ACACUUCGAAAUUUGUGUUUCGAUGCUUAACCUAUACUGACCUUCCUUUUCUAAAUCGACAUCAUUUUAAAUGUCAGUCAUGGAAAGUAAAAGUUGCAACAAUUUUGUAAGUUAUGUGGGAAUCGAAGAACUUGAAAUGCAGCAAAUAGAUUCUAGUCAACAUAAUUCAUUGAUCGAAAACAAUUUAAAACUCUUGCGAGGAGAAGCUCUCGUUGCUAAAGCACAAAAUGUUCUAAUGUUUUUACCGGUUGGUGAUUUAAAACAAGGAACUUCUGGCGUACUUUCUGUUACUAAUUUCAAGCUCUCUUUUUUUACAACUGAUGAUUCAAAUGGAGAGGAUAAUAAUCAUCAACAAAAUCAUUUAUAUGGGUAUACAGAUACAUGCCUGACAAAUAUUGAUGAAAUUUACUUAAUAGUAGGUGAUAAAAAGAAAAAACUUCUUCCAGGAAAUUUAGUACCGUCCAAAGUAAAAGCUAUAUUUAUUACUUGUAAGAAUUUGAGGACAUGGUCAUUUUCCUUUAAAUUUUCACCUCUUGGGGAUGGAAAAAAUAUCUUAAAUGCCUUGUUACAUUAUGCAUUUCCUAGCAGACAUCAUUUGUUGUUUGCCUAUGAUUACACUGAACCAUAUUACAGCAGUCUUGAUAAAGGUAUCAGAUUAUUUAGAAAUAUAUCUGAUUGGCAAAAUGAAUUUGAACGUAUAUUAAAUAGUGAAAAAGCAAGUCAAGGAUGGAGAUUGUCAACUGUUAAUAUAAAAUUUCAGUUAUGUUCCAGUUUGCCACAAUAUAUCAUUGUACCAGCAUCAUUAACCAAUAUUCAGCUAACAGAUGCUGCAAAAUAUUUUCAAGGUAAUAGAUUACCGAUUUGGGCAUGGUCAAAUCAACAUGGUGCAGCAUUAGUAAAAAUACCUGAAUUAUUACCAACAAUUACUGAAAGGAUACAAGAAAACAUAAUAUUAGAAAAUAUCAGAAAAAGCCAUCCUCAUAAAUUGCCACCAAUUGUAAUUGAUCUAAGUAAAGAUAUUAAUGUGAAGUCAAUAGCUGUAGGUUUCUCAAAAUUUUACAGUUUGUGUUCUCCAGAAAAUAUUAGACAACUUUGGAUACAAGACAAUAACUUCUAUUCGUUAUUAGAAAGUACAAAAUGGCUUAAGUAUGUAUCAUACUGUCUAGAAAAAACAGUUACAGCUUGUGAAAAUCUUAAUUCAGGUUAUACAGUAGUUUUACAAGAAGGAGAAGCUAGAGAUUUGUGUUGUGUUAUAUCAAGUUUAAUACAGUUAUUGCUUGAUCCACAUUUUCAAACCAUUGUUGGAUUUCAAUCUUUGAUACAAAAAGAAUGGGUUGCUAAUGGACAUCCUUUUUGUGAUCGUUUAGGGCAUAUGAUGAAACCAAACUCUGAAAAGUCUCCAUUAUUUCUUCUUUUCCUUGAUUGUGUUUGGCAAAUAUGUCAACAAUUCCCAGGAGAGUUUGAAUUUACUGAAACAUAUUUGACAACAUUAUGGGAUGCAGCUCAUGUGUCAAUUUUUGACACUUUUAUUUUCAAUUGUGAAAAAGAUCGUACGAUGGCAGCUACGGAUCCAAAUACACCGCUUAUAUUACGUAGUGUUUGGGACUGGAGAGAACAAUUUAAUGAUCAAGAUAUCUUAUUAUUUUAUAACCCUUUAUUUAAUGCUUAUGGAAAAACUUUAACAGAAAAGAUGAUCAUGAAACCAUUGUACAGUAUCUCUAAUUUAGAACUUUGGAGCCAAUGUUAUUUUCGUUGGAUACCCCCGCUCGUUAUUCAUAAUGGUGGUGGAAGUCAUAUAGAUCUUUAUACUAGAUUACUUCGUAAUGAUAUAAAUCAAUUAAGACUAAGUAUAGAUAGAAGUUGUGGAUCACCAAUUGAUAAAAUAGGUAGUUAUUUACUUCAGAUGAAUAUUGACAGCUUUUAUCCAUUUAGUAGUAAAAGAUCUGGGAAUACUGUUAGUACUCCUAUCAUAAGUAGUACAAUACUUGCAACUGAAAGUUUAUUGGAUGCUCAAUCCUUGAUAACUGUACCUGAUUGACUGUUCGCAAUGUAUAUAUAUCUUACGUAUGUAGGUAUAAAUAGUUCUACAGAUUUAUACCAUCCCUUUUAUAGUCAAUUGUACAGUAUCUUGUUAAAACAUGUUAUGAAAUAUAUAAAAAAAAUUUAGAAAUAAGUAUCUUGAAAAUUAAUCAUAGUUAUGUACAUAACUGUGUAGCUGUUUUUAUAGAAACAUUCGUAAAAAUAUCAAUUUUUUUAGUAAUAUAAAAAAAAAUGUAAUGAAACAUAAUAUAUAAACACUGAAUAAUUUC